AUGCUGCACAAUGACGCCCUUGUCAUCAAUAUUCAAAUCGCUCAGGCCGUGUCCGACCGAAUCUACUCAAACGAGGGCAGUGUAGCCAACAUCCUACGAUUGGAGGUCAUCCAACUGAUGGGUCUGGAGACAAAGAUAAACAAAUCAGCUAGGUCACUGACCGGCUUCAAUGGCCCAACAACGGUUACAAUGGGCAAGAUAGACCUCGACGUCUACUCUCCAACAGUAAUCAGCUGGCAAACCUUCAUGGUCAUUGACAAAGUCUCCCCCUAUAAUGACAUCCUGGGCAGACCAUGGAUUGGCAAGAUCAACGCCAUCACAUCCGCCACACAUCAGAAAAUCCGGUACCUAAUCCUUAGGGGCGGAAUCGACCAAAUCAACAGUGAUUGGGCAAUAGUGAGAAAAUGCUUAGUUCAAGAGUUGAAGAAAAGCAAGCAAACACAAUUCCUCCCUGUGAAUCAAGCAGAUCUGAAAGGAGCAGAACAAACUAAGGAGAAAGCAGAGCCCAUUCCUGACAGUCAAGCAGACAAGAAAGGAAAAGGAAGAGCUACUUCCUAA